AUGCACGAGCAGCAAGUGCAGCAGCAGCAAAUGCGGCGGCCACAACUGCAGCAGCGGCAGCAAAUACAACGGCACCAGCAGCUGCAACACCAGCCGCGCUGCACAAGUGAGCGUCUGAACACGUCAACCUGCAGCAGCAGCAGCAGCAGCAGCAGCGACAGCAGCAGCAGCAGCCACAGCAGCAGCAGCAACAGCGAUAGCAGCGGCAGCAAGCUGACUGCAGUUCUGCUGGUCCUGGCGACCUCUCGGCCAAAAAGGAGGCCGUUGAUGAGGCUUGAUUUUCCGCAGUUGGAGUGGCCCACAAAAGCAACCUGCAGCAGCAGCAGCAGCAACAACAGCAGCAGCAGCAGCAGGGAAGGCAGGAAGUAG